ACAUCAUCAGUUCUAUCAACAAAGUGGCUACGCAUUCCUCAUGGAUAUGGACGCUGAAUCCACCAAGAUGGGGUCGUCCGCCGCGUCUUUUUCUCCCUCCCUCCCUCCUUCCCUUUCCACCUCCUCGCUGCCGGAGGCAGACGGCGAGAUAGCGACGGAACAAAAUAAAACCACGGACCAUGCCAAACUCACUUUUCAGGCGACGGUCGUGCCCGCAAAAUUCGCCACAGCCAGCACAAAGACCACCGAAACGUCAGCGGCGGGUUCUUCUAGCCCCAAGAAACCCUCCGCCGCCGUCAACACCACCAGCAGCCCUCCUCCUUCCAUUCGUCUUCCUACUUCCUCCCCCUACCCCUCGUCUGCUGCCGUUUCGCCCUCCUGCCCUCGCCCUACCUCUUCACCUGCCCGUUCUUCCACCUCCACUGCCGCAUCGCCUUCCCUCUCUCCCGCCCACUCCGGCAUGGUAGCCUCUCCUUCCCCUCCCUCCGCCGUUUCCUCCUCCUCCUCCUCCUCCUCCCCCUCCUCCUCCUCCUCCCUCCCCGACGAGAAGACUCUUGUCCGUUGGUGUCAAAGGGUGGUGGCAAACGACAUGGGGUUGAAAAAUGAAAGCCUCCUGGACGAUGACUUCUACUUCAUCGGGCCCUUCGACGGACUGCUUAAGAUGUAG